AUGCCUCAUGGCCGAACACUUCAACCUACGUCAUCGCCAGCACAGUCAACAACACCAUCAGUAGAGUCGGAGCAUUCCGUUGUUGAAGCAGCAGAGUCAGAUCAUGCUGCUGUUGAAGCAGAAGAGCCUGUACUCGACAAUGCUGAGCGUGAGACUCUGUUAGGCAUCGUUGAAAAGGCUUCUCAUCGGGCUUGCGAGUGGAUGGUGGACGGUACUUGUGUUGCAUGUCGGUUUCAAGAAUUCCAGCGAGCGUGUAUUGAGUCAUUGGUUAACAACGAAAUCAGGAAGACGGAGGUUGCAGACGCCAUGGCUAUCAUUGGGGUGUUUGCACCAUCAAUGUCAACAAGGAGGAUGGAAGAAGCGUUCUCCAAGAAGCUUCUGCGUGCACUCGCAAAAUCGACUGCCGAGCUCCCCGAGGUGGAUUUUGACGACAGUGCUAUGAUGAAAGCUGUUCGGAAUAGUACCCGCGGCUUCGCUCGCGGAGGUGUUGGGUGA